UUCAGGUAGAGCAAAACCUAAGCAGUAAGCAGCAGAGAGGUGGAAGAAGGAGAAGGAGAAGGAGAAGAAGGAAGCGUAGAGAUGAAGAAGAUAGCGUUGCUGCUGAUGGGAUGCGGCGGCGUCGGCCGGCACCUCCUCCGCCACAUCGUCUCCUGCCGAUCGCUUCACACCAAUCAGGGAGUGCAUCUACGGGUGGUGGGUGUGUGCGACAGUAAGUCGCUUGUUGUUGCGCCUGAUGCGCACGCGUCGGAGUUGGAUGAUAAGUUCUUGCUGGAAGUUUGCAGGGUAAAGGGGGAUGGUACUUCAUUGUCGAAGCUCAGCGGCUUCGGUGCAUGUCGAGUAUUCGCAAAUUCUGAAUUGACCGCGAAAGUUUUCGACAUUGCGUCUCAUCUCGGUAAAUCAACAGGUUUGGCAGUUGUUGAUUGCUCUGCUAGUUCGGAGACCACAGAGAUCUUAAGUCGUGUGAUUGAUCUUGGAUGUUGCAUUGUCCUGGCAAAUAAAAAGCCUCUUACUUCAACAAUGGAGUAUUACGACAAACUUGUAUCACAACCACGUCGGAUUCGGCAUGAAUCAACUGUAGGGGCGGGCCUUCCCAUCAUAGCAUCAUUGAACCGCAUACUGUCAUCUGGAGAUCCUGUGCAUCGUUUAGUCGGGAGUUUGAGUGGCACAUUAGGAUAUGUUAUGAGUGAGGUCGAAGAUGGAAAGCCAUUGAGUCAAGUGGUGAAAACUGCAAAAAGUUUGGGUUACACUGAGCCAGAUCCACGUGAUGACCUCGGGGGCAUGGAUGUUGCCAGAAAGGCGUUAAUAUUAGCUCGACUGCUUGGAAGGCGAAUCAUGAUGGACAGCAUAAAGGUGGAGAGCUUGUACCCAGAUGAGAUGGAACCUGCUGCGAUGUCUGUCGAUGAAUUUCUUAGCAAAGGGCUUCCUUUACUUGACAAAAGUAUCUGCGAAAGAGUUGCGAAGGCUUCUAUAAGCGGGAAUGUGCUCCGUUAUGUCUGCGUGAUAGAAGGAACAAGGUGUGAAGUUGGAAUUCAAGAGCUCCCAAGAGAUUCUCCCUUGGGGAGGUUGAGAGGAAGUGAUAACGUGCUGGAGGUGUACACCCGGUGCUAUAAUAAACAGCCUUUGGUCAUUCAAGGUGCUGGAGCUGGAAAUGAUACAACCGCAGCCGGUGUCCUCGCUGAUAUUCUGGAUAUUCAGGAUUUAUUUCCUUGAUAGGCAGUCUCUUCUAUUUGGAAAAAGUAAAUUGAUUUUGAGGUGGGAAGUCCAUGAACAAAAGCAGAUCAUUUGACCCAAAUAAGCAGAUGGAAGAGGCUGAUAAGAGUGGGCCUUCUUUUUGCUUGAUAGCGUCCUCAAAGUGGCCGAAGUAUUCUGAACAGUUAGCAUAUAAUUGUGCUUAUAACAUUAGGCUUGAUAACCUAAUUCUCUUCA